AUGGCAGAGAAAGAGGGAGGCAUAGUCAGUAAAGGCCACGAGGAAGGCAUGAAAACGGCAGUUUCACUCCUCCAAGAAUUCGAGCUUCCUGCGGGGCUUCUACCUCUCUGCGAUGUUAUUGAAGUGGGAUACGUGAAGGAGACUGGGUACAUGUGGAUUGAGCAGGAGAAGAAGGUGGAGCAUGAGUUCAAGAUGAUCAGCAAGAAAGUGAGCUAUGACUCUAAGAUCAGUGGCUUCGUUAGCAAGAAGAAGAUCAAGAAGCUGAAAGGAGUGAAGGCUAAGGAGCUCAUGCUAUGGGCACCGGUGAACGAGAUCACCGUCGAUGAUCUUCCGACCGGGAAGAUUCACUUCAGGAGUCUUGCGGGAGUGAGCAAGACCUUCCCUGUUGAGGCUUUCGAAGCCGCCCUAGGAGGAGGAUCCUGGAACGCUCGAGGACAUGUCAAGGACGGUGCAGUCAUUGGCCUUUUGUAA